ACGGAGGUGCUGCGGUUGCCGCGCGCCACUCGCUCUCAUUCCGCUCAGCCCGCUCUUCUCCAGCGCGUUCCCUUCCAGCGGACUCGUUUCUUUCCGCUACUCACUUUAUUCCAAUAACCGGGAAACGGCCAGGAAGGAUCUCGCUGAGGCUUGAAAAUUCUAGCAGUCAUCCUUCACGUUCCUCACGGAGAGAGAUUGCAAUGCUUCAGACACGGGAUCUCAUCUGGACCGUGCUGCUCUUUGGGCAUGCAGUCUCACUGCAGGUGCAGAUUACACCACCUCAUGGAGAAAUCAGCGUCGGAGAAUCCAAGUUCUUUUUAUGUGAAGUGGUCGGGGAAGUAAAUGACAUCGACUGGUUUGCUCCCAGUGGAGACAAGCUGCUGCCAAAUAGACAGGACAUCAGCGUGAGCCGUAAUGAUGACACCUCGUCUACCCUCACCAUCUACAGUGCUACUGUGGACAACGCCGGCAUAUACAAAUGUGUGGCCAAGAGCGGGGACAAGGAAGCCGAGGCCACGGUCAACGUCAAGAUCUACCAAAAACUCACUUUCCAGAACGCUCCGUCUCCACAGGAGUUUAACGAGGGGGAUGAUGCUGUCAUCAUGUGUGACGUCAUCAGCUCUCCGCCACCCACAAUCAUCUGGAAAUACCAGAGAACCAAGAUUCAGCCUGAAAAAGAUGUGCGCUUCAAGAUCCUCAGCAACAACCACCUCCAAAUCCGCGGCAUCAAAAAGUCAGACGAGGGCGACUACACCUGCGAGGGCCGCAUCAUGGCUCGGGGAGAGAUCGACCUCCGGGUCAUUAAGGUCAUCAUCAAUGUCCUGCCCAGUAUUAGGACCCGUUACACCGUGCUCAAUGCCACUGCGGACAUCGAGCAGGCUGUGACGCUGGCGUGUUAUGCGGAUGGCUACCCAGAGCCCACUGUCACGUGGACGCGUAGUAAAGUAGAGCUGGUGGCCGAUGAGAAAUACAGCCUAAAUGAUGACGGCUCAGAGCUGACAAUCAAAGACGUGAAGAAGCUGGACGAGGGAGAUUACACCUGCAUCGCCCGCAAUAAAGCAGGAGAGAAGCAGGAGGAGAUCAGCCUCAAGGUGUUUGUGCAACCGAAGAUCACGUACCUGAAGAACCAGACAGCCUCAGAGCUGGAGGAACAGACCGUCCUGACCUGCGAAGCCACGGGUGACCCCACGCCCAGCAUUGUGUGGAGCUUCGGCAGACGCAUCUUCAGCGAGGAAGAGCAGAGUCUAGACCAAAAUGUGAUAGUGCACAGCGACGCCCGCGUGUCCUCUCUCACACUGAAGUACGUCCAGCACACAGACGCUGGCCAGUACCAAUGCACUGCCCGCAACUCCAUCGGCCAGGACAUCCAGAGCAUGUACCUGGAAGUGCGCUAUGCUCCAAAAAUCCACGGCACAGUGUCAAAGUUUACAUGGGAAGGAAAUGCUGCUAAUCUCACCUGUGAGACUUUGGCUCAUCCAAGUGCAUCGGUGCAGUGGUUUCGUGAUGGACUGCAGCUGCCCGCAGUAAACACCACCAACAUCAAGAUCUACAACACACCCACUGUGAGCUACCUGGAGGUCACUCCUGAAUCCCAGAGCGACUUCGGGAGCUACAACUGCACAGCCACCAAUGUGAUCGGCAGCGACUCGAAGGAGUUCAUGUUAAUCUCAGCAGACGUGCCAUCGGCUCCGGUUAUCGAGCGUGUUGAACCGUAUCCCAGCACAGCCAUGGUGGAGUUUGAAGAGCCCGAGUCUGACGGAGGAGUUCCUGUUCUCAAGUACAAGGCUGAGUGGAGGACAAAGGGUCAAGACUGGGUUAGCAAAGUGUACAUCGCGGAGGAGGGCAUCAGCUCCAUCACCAUCGUCGGGCUCAAGCCAGAGACCGAAUAUGAGGUCAUGAUGUCCGCUAUCAACGGCAAGGGUGAAGGAGAAAGCUGUCCUCCAGAGACUUUUAAAACGCUCCCUGUCAGGGAACCGAAUCCUCCAAAACUGGAGGUCAAGUUGCAGUCCCCAGGCAAUGAGAUGAAGGUCAGCUGGAUUAAGCAGGAUGAUGGGGGCUCACCUAUCAAACAGUACCUACUGAGCUAUAGACCUAAAAACCACAACAAUUGGAAGACUGUGAUCCGUGUCCCUAAUGGCGGUGAGUUUUAUGUGCUAAGAGGUUUGGACUGGAACACAGAAUAUGAGGUUUCUGUGGUGGCAGAGAACCAGCAGGGCCGCUCCGAUCCAGGCAUCCUCUUCUUCAGGACCUCUGCAGAACCCACCGCCAUCCCAGACCCAGUGGCCAGUGGUUCAGGCCUUGGUACAGGAGCCAUCGUGGGCAUUCUCAUCGUGGUUUUCCUCCUGCUGCUUGUCAGUGUGGACGUCACCUGCUACUUCCUCAAUAAAUGCGGCUUGCUUAUGUGCAUCGCCGUCAACUUCUGUGGCAAGUCCGGCCCCUCCGCCAAGGGCAAGGACAUUGAAGAGGGCAAGGCAGCUUUCACGAAAGAUGAGUCUAAAGAGCCUAUAGUGGAAGUGAGGACCGAGGAGGAGCGCACCCCCAACCACGAGGGAGGAAUCCCCACUGAACCCAAUGAGACCACCCCACUUACUGACCCUGAGCAUGCUGCUGACACCACUGCCACAGUAGUGGACUUGCUCCCCUCUUUAGCCACUAACUCAGAGUCCGUCACUGACAGUCCUGCUAGUGAGAGCACCACCCUCAACUCCAGCACCGCCCCUGCGCCUGACCCCAAAACCACAGCCCCUUCUCAGACUAGCCCCCCCAAAGCCAGCAUAACUUCUCCUACCUCCCCUCCUGCUGACACCCCACUGGUGGACCUCAGUGAUGGUCCCUCCACGCAGGCUUCUCGGCCCUCUGAAACCCCCAAAUCCACUCGCUCUUCAUCCAAACCCAAAAAUGCUACAGAUGCCAUCCAAAACACAGAUUCAGCUACAGUCUCACAGGUAGAUGGAGGAGCCCACCACGCACCAGAUGCUGAUUUGGCCAAUGACUCCAACUCCGCCAACGCACCAGCUGUGCCCAGCCAGGACGAUGGUAAAAUUGUCGAAGACGGGAAGAGUAAAGCCCCCGAGACGGACGUGAAGAAGCCCUCAGCUGAGCUGAAGACGGUCCCCAACGAAGCCCCGCAGACAAACGGCAACGAGAGCAAAGCGUGAUCCAGCAAUCCGAGGGCCUCCGAGUUUCUCCACCGCAUUGAAACAAAUGGUUUAAUUAAAAAAAGGGUUCCUUUCUUCAGUCAGUGUCUUCUAUGAGUUUGCAGAACAAGAGUUUGUAGAUUUAUAGAGCGCCUAAAGAACUCGUGCACAUGCCUUUUAUUGGUUUUUUUCUUCUUGAAUGUUCUUUCUCGUACUGUUUUUCCUUAUUCAGAUACAGCAGGAAGGUUUCUUUGUUUUAUUUUUUUACCUUUAGAGCACUCUACUUCACCUCCUCAGCACAAUCUCGGCUGUUUUUUUACUCGGAAGAGAAUCGUAAUAUCAGUGUGAAUAGUUAGUAACGGGGAACAUUAGCUUUACUCUUGAAUAAUGCCUUUUUACUUUGUGCACACGCGUGUAGUCCAUACUUUUACCAUCUUUGAGUUAUGUACUGUUUUAUUACAUGCAGUAUUGCCCUAUUUUAUUAUUUUACACACAGAUUUUUGGGAUUUUUUAACCAUUUUGUUGUGUUUAAAUAAUGUAUAAAAGUAACUGCCUUUUAUUGUUUUUGUUUUCAAUGUUUAAUUUUGAGAAUUAGAAAUAGAUUGCUCGCAUGCUUGCUUUGCAGAUUUGUCCCAUAAUGCCUCUCAGUUGUUGUUGUUUUCAUUAUAACCCUGAGUUUAUAUUUUUUUAUGUUGAUGAACACAAAGCAAAAAGCUUUCCCAUUAAAAAACAAUGACACGAAUGAAGGGCCGGUUAUACGACUGAGAGGCGCGGUCAGGUCACAUCCAGAUAUUGUGAUAAUUUUAUAGCAACACCUAGUUAUCACAUCUUAGCUUUCCUUUAUUAUUAUUAUUAUUAUUAUUAUUAUUAUUAUUAUUAUUAUUUCCUUUCUAAUUUGUAUUUUUGUGUACACCAACAGAAAGGGAGUUGCUGUUAUUUUCCAGAUUUCAGUUUUUGAUAAAAAAACAAACCGGAGUGUUUGGACAUGAUGACCAUUCAGCUACUAAAGAGUACAAGGCCACUGCUGCACUGGUCACAGCUUGGAUUAUUGAUAAACAGACCCUCCUCUGGUCAAGUCCCAUUUAAACCUUAACAAAGAAUAAUAACGAGUACAGAAUUUUGUUUUUUUUAAAAGCCUUUUGUGUAUGCAUAAUAAACAAGUGGCCAUAUUCUUUUCUUUAUUUAAGCCAUAGUACUCCAGUUAAAAUACUGAACUGUUAAAAAAUUAAAAAUUAAAAAAGAAAAGUUUUUUUUUUCCCCGGUUUCUUUAGUCUGCAAGUUUGUGCACUGUGAAUGCGUGAUAUAUCCUAGUGUGAAUACAGUGUGUUCUUUGUCAUAGGCUUAUAAAAUAUUCAUAGGUUGUGAAAGGUGUAGCUGUUAGUACAGGUAAUGUUCCAUCUCCGUAAAAAAUGACAUAAAAAAUAUAUAAACCAACACAAACCAAUAGCGAUAUACAUGAAAACUCAACAAGAUUCAAAGGAGAAGGUGCCUUCAAUGUUAAAAGGUGUGUAGUCUGAGUGGUUCGCUCGGUCCGUACCACUAGGGGAGUAGCAGGGGUAGUUUGGGACCAGAAUCACGUUCUUGUCUUGGGAAGCGUUUUUGCUCUGUAAACUGUGAAUAUACUCGUUUCUUUUUUCAGCGUGUUUGUGUUGCGUACUUUCGGAGGUCUGAGAGCGUACAUGAGCGUGAUCGAUUUAGUAGCAAGCUCAAGACCUUCACGACUUGCCUCUCUUUAACUGAUGCAAAACAAGAUCACACCUUCACGAUCAGAAACGUUAGAACACCUCGUUGUCUAGUGCCCCAAGAACAGAAAAGCUCACUGCUAUUUCAGACACGUCGUCACCACGCCCGCUAGCCAAGCUGCCUGAGUCCCAUUUCCAUGAUCAGCAUCGCCGUGGUCCAGUUGAAAAAUGUAUCCAUAUCCAUAACCACUAUUUUUUAAAAAGCUGAAACAAGCAUGCAAUGUAUUCUAAACUAGAUGUCAUUGGUGUUGAGGUUUGCUAGUAAAUUGUUAAAUCAUGUGAACAUCGUCACUUUGUUUUUGUUUGUUUGUUUUUUACAUUACAUUAAAUGAUGAUGGCCUGUAUGUGAGAUAAACACAUUAACAAACCAAAAAUGCAACACCAAUACCAAAAACACACCAGCAAGUUCAGAAACUCAGUCAUCAGUACUCAGAAUGUAAACCCUGGGUUCUGAUCGAAAAUAAAGUAAUAAUAAAUAACGUGACGUUAUAGCGAGGAGUCAUUUUCCUUUAGACAGGAUUUUCUACAUUACUUGUAUUAAUGCUGUGCAACAUUGUCAAAAAAAUAAACAUGGCUCCUAUUUACUCGAAACUUCCACCAGCUCUAUGUUUUCUGCCUGCCUCUCAGACUGUUGUAGCCAAUCAGCAGCCAGCAUCUAACGCUCAAUAAGGACUUUUCCCUUUCUGUUUUGAGUCACUGUCGAUGUUUUUCUGAAGUUGCUGUUGCACUUUUGGUUUAUUAAUAUGUUUUGCACUUUCAAGACAAAGUCAUAGUUUGGCAAAAUACCACAACUUUUUACCACAAAGCCAAGAACCUCUCUGAAAUUUGCCUCAGUCCUGGAGCUAAAAAGCUAACGUAGCUAACAAGAAAGCAACUUUUUCUAGCUGCUAGUUUCUGUCUACAUCAUUACACACUCACCUCAGACUACUUUUAAUUGUUCAGUGUCUCAAACAGAUUUAUUUAUGUGGUUUUUAACAUGGUGUAAUCUAUUUAAAAAUAAUAAAAAAAAAGGUUUUAAAGCCUAAGAGUCUUAACAGCAUGGCGUGUUGAUGAAUCGCUCCCUCAGGACAUAAAGCUGCAGCUUUAUGUGAAAUUGUACAUUUAAAGUGAUUCAGAUGCUGAUGUAGAUUCAUUGAAUACUUCUUAUGCAGAUGUAAUAUAUUUUGUGAAACUUUCAUUACAAAUCAUAUUACUGAUCCAACUUACCCGUAUGUCUUUUGAGGUGAAUGAUAAUUCAUUUAGCUUAGCUUCAGUGUUAGCUACAUUAGCCUUUAGCUCCAAUGUAAAACUAAAGUCUCAGAUGAUUAAUUACAUUUUGGCGGAGUGGAGAAUCGUGUCCGUUUUUGUCCAAGCUAUUCCUUUAAGGUUUUUUUUUCCACCGGUAGAAUUCUGGUGGAUGAUGAAACCAGAACCCGCACCUCAUGACGUCAUGGUGUGUUUCUCUGAUUGAAGAUGUGCUGGUGAUUGAAAUGGAUUUUGACACCAUUUAAUGUGGGACCAAUAUCUAUGUGAGUUUACAUGCUAGAGGUUUACCACUGCACUCAUGUCAUUCCAACAUUGUAAACCAUCACAAAAAAGCAGAAAGGUUUGUGUCCAAGAGCUCACACUUUGAGCCGAGUAAACAGAUCCAGAACCGAAGCUGUCUUUUGGCUGAGAGCUGACUCACACACUCUUUUACUUCAACAAUCACAGCUCUCCUCCCAAAACCCUCUUCACACACUCAUCCAACCAUCCAUUCUCAGCUGCAGGGGCCUUCUCAGUCUUAUAUACAGAUUUUUACCACAUCAUGCACCGGUGCCACCUUCAUCCUCCACUCUCAUCCACCUUCAUCCACUCCUCUCUCUCUCUCGCUUUCUCUCUCUCUCACUGGUGUAAAUACUGAGUACUAACUCCAACCAUUUUGACUUUUCAUUCCGUCUGAAAUUCUUGUGUUCAAUAAAAUGGGAAACAAUAAGCUC